AUGGUGUGGAUGGUAAAUAAGCAGAUGCAAAUAGGGAAAGGGAAGAGAAGUCACAUAUGGUUAGGAGCAUUAUUGUGUUGGUUUUGUUUCAUGUUAGUCACUCCUAAAAUCACUUUAUCUCACAAACCUCAUCAUUUUGCUGACAUGCGAAAUUUCCUUGGAGUGCCUAAUACUUUGAAUGUGAUCACCAAUUUCCCUUUUUUGGUUGUUGGUGUUGUGGGGUUUGUGCUUUCUCUUCAAGGAUGCUUUUUUAACAUAAGUUUGAAAGGAGAGGUUUGGGGUUGGGCACUAUUUUACGGUGGAAUAGUGUGUUUGGCUUUUGGUUCUGCUUAUUAUCAUCUCAAGCCUGACGACGGUAGAGUAAUGUGGGAUACCUUACCGAUGAUGAUAGCAUGCUCUUCGCUUUUCUCUAGUUUCAUGGCUGAGAGAGUAGGGCAAAGGGCUGGAUUGAGUUGUUUGUUUGGAUUACUAUUCGCUGUUUUACUUAGCACAGUUUAUGCAAGAACAUUUAACGAUCUUCGAUUGUGCAUGAUGUUCCAGUUGAUUCCAUGCAUAGCUAUACCGGCCAUGACAUUUUUGUACCCACCCAAAUAUACGCAUUCAAGAUAUUGGCUUUGGGCAGCAGGUGUUUCCCUUUUAGCCAAGUUUUUGGCUGUUCUUGACAAGAAAAUAUACAAUGCAAAUCGCUACCUUAUCAGCGGUCACUCCUUGGAGCACUUGAGCUCAGCAGCAAUUCCCGUGUUGUUCGCAAUUAUGCUCAUAUACAGAACCAUUAGAUUUCAAAGAUUAGGUGAUUUGAAAGAGCGCCCUUGA